AUGGCACCCGCCUCCGAACUCGACAUCCAAGGCACGCGCAAGACGCAGGACUCGGUCUCGAAUUCCUGGAAUACGGUCUCGAGCUCGCCGACGCUCGCCUUCCACUCGCCCAGCAAUGCUGGCGGGGCACCGUUGACGCGGGUCUCAACCGCCCGGCAGUUGAAGCCGUUCGCCACCGAGGACGUGAAGGUGCUGCUGCUCGAGAAUGUGAACGCGACCGGCGUGAACAUCCUGCGGGGCGCGGGGUAUCAGGUGGAAUGCGUGAAGAAGAGUUUACCGGAAGACGAGUUGAUACAGAAAAUUAAAGACGUCCACGUCAUCGGCAUCCGCUCCAAAACCAAGCUCACCGCCCGCGUCCUCGACGCCGCCCAACACCUCCUCGUCAUCGGCUGCUUCUGCAUCGGCACCAACCAAGUCGACCUCGCGCAUGCGGCCCGCCGCGGCAUCGCAGUGUUCAACUCCCCCUUCAGCAACUCCCGCUCGGUCGCCGAACUGGUGAUCGGCGAGGUAAUCGCGCUAGCGCGGCAGCUGGGCGACCGCAGCACGGAGCUGCACUCGGGGACGUGGAACAAAGUCAGCGCGGGGUGCUGGGAGGUGCGCGGGAAGACGCUGGGGAUCGUGGGGUACGGACACAUCGGCAGCCAGCUGAGCGUGCUCGCGGAGGCGAUGGGGAUGACGGUGAUCUACUACGACGUGGUGAACCUGAUGGCACUGGGGGUGGCGCGGCAGACGGCGACGCUGAAGGACUGCCUAGAGCUGUCGGACUUCGUGACGCUGCAUGUGCCGGAGACGCCGGAGACGACGGGGAUGUUUGGGGAGCAGGAGUUCGGAUGGAUGAAGAAGGGGAGUUACUUGAUCAAUAACGCGCGAGGGAGCGUCGUCGAUAUCCCCGCGCUGAUCAACGCGAUGCGCAGCGGGAAGCUGGCCGGCGCCGCACUGGAUGUCUACCCGAACGAGCCCGGUGGCAAUGGGGAUUAUUUCAACCACGAGCUCAGCGCCUGGGUGGAUGAUCUCCGCAGCCUGAAGAACCUCAUCCUCACGCCGCAUAUCGGCGGCAGCACGGAGGAGGCGCAGAGCGCCAUCGGGACGGAGGUGGGCGAGGCGCUGGCGCGGUACGUCAACGAGGGCAACACGAUCGGCGCGGUGAACAUGCCGGAGGUGAACCUCCGAAGCCUGACGCCGGAUCAGACGGCGACGCUACGGGUCAUCUACAUCCAUCGCAACGUGCCGGGCGUACUGCGAAAGGUCAACGAGGUACUGGGGAACCAUAACGUUGACAAGCAGAUGACGGACAGCCGAGGGGAGGUGGCGUAUCUGAUGGCGGAUAUCAGCGACGUCGAUCAGAAUGAGAUCAAGGAGAUCUGGCACAGCUUGGAGGAGUUGACUUCUUGCAUUCGCACUCGCAUGCUGUAUUAG